GGGAAGGGGGGCAUGCACGACCACGUGGGAGGGGGCUUCCACCGAUACUCGGUUGAUGAGUACUGGCACGUGCCCCACUUCGAGAAGAUGCUCUACGACCAAGGCCAGCUCGCCAACUCCUAUCUCGACGCGUUUCUCAUCACCGGCCGCCCUGAUUUCGCGCGCAUGGGGCGGGAUAUUUUGGACUAUGUGCGGCGGGACAUGACGCACGUGGAGGGCGGCAUCUUCAGUGCGGAGGACGCUGACAGCCUGGCGGACGUUACUGACGAGAGGAAGAAGGAAGGGGCGUUCUAUGUGUGGAGUGAGAAGGAGAUUGCAUCAAUUCUCGGUCCCUCAACCCCUCGCUUCCGUCUCUUCACCACCCUCUACACUGUGCGCAAGGAUGGCAACUGCGACCUCUCCCCUCGCUCCGACCCCCACAACGAGUUUGCGGGGCUCAACUGCCUCAUCCAGCGUUGCUCUGUGGCUGAGGCGGCUGGAAAAGCGGGCGUACCGGAGGAAGAGGCAGAGGAGGUCCUAGGCGAGUGUCGCCAGUUGCUGCAUGCAGCCAGGAGCAAGCGACCCCGCCCACAUCUGGAUGAUAAGGUCAUAGUGGCUUGGAAUGGGCUCAUGAUAUCUGCCUUUGCACGAGCGUCUCGGAUCCUCCAAUCGGAGCCUGCCACGUCAUCCCACCACUUCCCCGACGACGGAUCCCCGCCGUCCGUCUACCUCGCCUGCGCCGUCCGGGCGGCGAGUUUUGUCCGGUCCAAGCUGUACGACCCGGCGUCUUUGCGCCUGCGGAGAAGCUUCCGGGAAAGCGCGUCCGAAGUGUGGGGGUUUGCGGAUGACUACGCCUUCCUGGUAGCUUCCUUGCUGGACCUGUUUGAGGCCUCGGGCGACUCUGAUUGGCUGGCGUGGGCCAUGGAGCUGCAGGACUCGCAGGACCGCCUGUUCUGGGACGAGAAGGAAGGAGCCUAUUUCAACACAGCAGAGGGCGAUCCUUCCCUGCUCCUGCGAAUGAAGGAGGACUACGACGGGGCGGAGCCCGCUGCCAGCUCAGCAGCAGCUGCCAGCCUGGCGCGCCUGGGAGCCAUGAUUGGCGGGCCGAGGGGCGAGGAGUUCCGGAGGAAAGCAGCCAAGUGCCUGCUGGCCUUUGAGGACCGUCUCACCCGCAUGCCAUUAGCCGUGCCACAGAUGUGCUGCUCGCUGGAUCUGCUGGCUGCCACAUCAGCGCCAGCUCAGCGCCAGGUCAUCAUUGCUGGGCCACGGGGCAGGCCUGAAACUGAGGCGCUGCUGAACGCUGUGUUCUCCGUGCUGCAACCGCAUCUUACUCUCAUCCCUAUUGAUCCAUCCAACCAAUCGGAUGUUGCCUUCUGGCAGCAGCACAAUCCAGCUGUCCUUGCCAUGGCAUCCAAGGGCAUGGGUGACAGGUCUACUGGCACUGCCACGUCAGCAGCAGGGGAUGAGGCAGCAGCAGCAGGUGCUACGUCAUCAGCGUACGUGUGCCAGAACAUGACGUGUCUGGCGCCUGUGUGUGAGCCGGACAAGCUGGUUUCUCUUUUGAAAGGAGGGCUGCAAGGGGGGAUUGGUAGUGUGUCUGCGUUUGCCUUGCCUGCUGGGUGGUCUGGAAAGAGUAAGGGGUAGAACUUGCGUGAGACAGGCUGCCUAGGAUUUGCAUAAUAGGCAGAUGAAGGCGGCUUUCGUGAGUGAGCUAGCUCUGGCACUAUAUGAAGACAUCUAGUGGGAGCAUUGAUGUGUACAUACAUACUUAUUCUCCACUACAAAUAUAUGUUUUAUGGAUGU